AUGGAGGGGGUUGGAAUAAGGCGCAGGAGUUCCAGGCUCUCGGGGAUGUUCGAUGCCGCCUCCAAAGCUGUGGCUCAGCUGAUUCAACGCGACAAUGAUCCCGAGGAGGAUCCAGAUUUCAUAGCUAGAAACCCUCGCUGGGAAGAUCGUCUGCCUCCUAUUGGAGGAGCGCUCAAGCCAGAGGAAGAGAAGACUGCUGCCUUGUUAGCUGCAUUGGGAGAUCUUCCUCGUGCUACUGACUCCUUGCCCAGGAAGAACUGGAAAAAAGCUUACAAAGCAGUCAAGCGAAUGCUGCUUUAUUUUCUAGGUGGUAAGAAGAAAGGCAAGACGCAGUGCUAUAGGGACUGGAGCUCGACUAGAUGGUCAUGCUCUUGGGUUUUGGAGUCCCUACAGUACUACUCGGCUGAGGCUCUUCAUGUUUCUCUAUAG